AUGAGGAGAAGUCUCUUCUCGGUGAGCAAUAUCCACUGCGCUUCGUGCGUGGCCUAUGUCACCGAGGUCCUCUCUGAGGUCCCCGAGGUCCAAGACAUCGAUGUGUCACUCUUGACACAUGAAGUGCGUGUGUCUCAUGGGAUCUCUGUGCAAUCCGAAGACUUGGCGUCUGCUCUCAUCCAUGCCGCCUUCGAAGUUUAUCGUGUCGCAACCUAUGAUGACCGGGGAGCCAUCAUUUACGAGGUCGAUACCACCUCUUGGAAUGACAUCAAAGAAAGGCUACAGAAUAGUCGAGAGAAUAGACAUAUUGCCAACUGUGACGCUUGCCAGAAAGAAGAAGCUCAGCAAUUCCCUCGCAACUCCACUCGUGAGCCAGAUCUGGCUCCAAGCUCAGCAAUGAGCAAGGUCCAGCAGCUUUUUGUCGCCCCUCUAGCUUUCCGUCCUAAUACGGUCUUUGUUGGCAUGCAGGUAGAGCUAGAAACUCUACAUAGCCGCUUAUUUCAGUCCAAAGAUCAAGGUUAUGAUAACAGGUCUGUUCUGAUUAGUGGUAUUCAGGGAUCUGGUAAGACACAUUUGGCGCUGCAAUACGCCUUCACCUAUCGCGAGUCUUACCCGGGUGGGAUAUUCUGGGUCUGUUCUAGCUCUUACGAAUCGGCAUGCGAUGGCUUCAAACAGAUCGCUCAAACAGCUGGACUACUUGGAUUUACUGACGCUGAGAAUUCCGAAGACUCUGAAGUUCAACGGUCUCGGUGUGUUUCUGCUGUCCUGGAGUGGCUUGCAACGCGGGAAGAUUGGCUUUUAGUCUUCGAUGGGAUUGAACUUGAGGAGGACGAUGAUGAUGCAAGAGUCAAUUUCAAACGCCUUAUACCAAGGAGUCCAAAAGGAAGAAUUAUCUAUACAUCGACAGAUGGCACUGGGCCACUCCUUCCCCAACCAUAUUGCAUAUGGCUCGGCCCACUGCAGGUUGAGGAUGCUUGCAAACUUCUUUACGAGACUCUCGGCAUAGACACGCCAACGGAGGAGCAAGUUCGUCGGGCAACCACGCUCGUGGAACGCUGCGAAAGUUUACCACUGGCUAUUCACGCACUGGGCCGCCAAAUUAAGGCGCAGGGCACGUCAAUCGAGACUUUCGAUCUGAAUGAUAAAACGGAUAGACUUGGGAUUGGAGUCUUCCACUCGAUCGUGAAUGAGAUGUACCGCUUGCAGAAGCGCCAAGCCUUGAACUUACUUCAUCUAUUAUCUUUUUUGGACUGCCACACUCCAGUGCGCCUCAUUGAGUUCGGAUGCGAGGCACUGACAGCACCUGAUUCUGCCGAUAUUUUGACCAGUCCCCGAGCUGGAGAGGCUCCUGAUCUUGGUACCACGAUAGCAACUUUGCUCACUUAUGCGUUGGUUGAGCGAACGAAUGAUACCGAAUUGCCUCGCUCCAGCCCGUACUCUGAGAGAAAUGUGCCUCAGUUCUCGGAGUAUGCGUUAGCAAAAGCCUCAGGGAAUGCUGGCCUGGAUGACCUAGAUGGCCUCCUCUCCAUUGAACGGGAAAUAUUAGGACUUGAUGUCCUUCGAACUCACGAUGUUGUGCAAAAUUUCUGCAGAGAGGACGUGAGACUGAAAGAUAUCAGUCAGUUGGAGGAGCUACAGCAAAAGGAAACAAUCGGGAAAGAUCAAGUUGGAUUCUACGAUACGUGGCUGAUUCUGACACAGGGCUUUCUCAUCAAGUCCUACGAUACCGCCCAGAAAACUUCGGAUACGCUUCAAGGUCGUCCUCUUGGUCUUCGUGAUCUUCGGGAGUAUGCCACCCAUAUCGCAAAUUUGACCCAGCUGUUUGAAGAGAGGAACAGGAGGAGCUCAAAGCCUACGCCAUGGUAUAUAUCAAAGGCUCAAUUGAGCUUGCGACACCUCAGCAGAAAUAUACGUCUCGAGCUCGAGCUAUUACGUACAGCCCCAUUACUGAAACCUACCGGCAGACAAGCCUCUAUAUUUGAGAAACUCCCUACGCUAAGCUCGGGGACCACCACACCACGGGAUGACUUUGAUGCCAUCGACUUUGUGAUGACUGAAAGGUCCGUUGAAGGGCAUGUUCGGUCUGUCGUGGAACAUGAACUCGAUGUUACAAUAGGGUCGGAGUCUCAGUAUGUGUCUGAUCGAGUAUUUUCUGCGGGUCCACAUUCUACUCUGGAUACCCGAACAGCCCCAACCGCUCCUACGGUUCCAACUUCUGCAGACCCGGAAACAGAGGAUUCACGAACAGUAUAUUCUGAUACUCUUACCAUGGACGGCUCGAUCAAAGAGGCUUAUGUCAACGAACUCGCUCAUGAGCUUUUCAAAGCUGUUUCCACUUUCCGACUAGACUCCACAUCUAUGAGGCGUGUCGCUGAUGCUAUGCCUGGCUGCCUAAAAGCAUUUUCAUCAAGACUUGGGUGUACUACUUCGUCCGAACAGAUCCAGCGAGAUGUGACUGUGUUCAUUCACAAAUACAGACAUGAAAUAGCCGGUGCAUUCAAUAACUCACUGGAGGAUUCAUCCACAGGCACAGGGUCCGCAGCCGACGAAGACAUGCCACUGAAUGAUAAAAUGAAACUCUGGUUGAGCCACUAUGGGGACUCCAUUGAUGAUACUCCAUUCCACUGGGACCUCGAAGAUGGCGAGGCUGGCCCUGCUGAUAUCCUCACACUUCUGCUCCCGAUAAUCGAGAUCGGCGAAGAAUCAAAUCCCGAUGCUUAUCCUGUCAUGCCGGGGCUUCAAAAAUACCGCGAGUGUGUUCUCGAAACCCCGGCGUAUGACUGGCUUAUUGGUGAUAUUCAGAGACACUGUCUUCUCGAACCCUCUACUCCAGAUGUAAUGGCAGACAUUGGCAGUGCAAUCCUGCAGGGUCUGCCUUCACAGCUCCGAUUUAGCAGACGAGAAUCGGUGCCUUCUUACAAAAUGACAUAUACUCUGGAUUGGGACUUGGUCUCAUUCAUAGAGGAUCAGGAAUAUAGCAAGGAUAAUGCCGAAGCACUCCCUUUGGUCAUCACGCUCACCGGUUCUCGGGAAGCAGUCCAGGCACUGACUUGCUCACAAUAUCUGCAUCAGACAUGGCCGGCAUCUGCGGGAGCGAUGCUCAACGUACUGCAAGCUCUGCUAAAAAAUAGACCCGCGGAAAAGGCUACCGGCAACCUGCCCGAUGGUACAAAUCUUGUUGCUUCGUUUGUUUCCUCUGAUACUUCGAAUAUUUCCAAGGUAACUUUUGAAGUGACGGGCUCUGCCUACUCAAUCGCUGAGAUCGGAGAGCAACUCUGCUGGCUUGGGUCGGCUCUUCGUUCUUCGCCCUACCCUGAUCAAGUCGCAUAUUGCCAACCUCAAGUUGGUAAGCUGAGGGUAGUCAACGAUGAGGGCCAGAGUGGCAAGAAGCAACAAGCUACCGAGUUCACCACACACAUCUCCUUUGCAGUCAAGGAGAAGACAGUUGCCUCUGGAGUUCACGGGGAGUGCUGGCACAAUCUCUUUCGAAGCGGUGCGAUCGUAGAGGGCUUCCCAAUAUCUCGACGACCUGAAGUAGGUGCGGUGCAGGGACUUGAAAUUCCCCUUCCAAUGAUGGCUCGCCUUGCACAGGCAAAUAGUGUGAACACCUUCUUGGGCAGUGCAAUCCUCAAAGGUUUCUCUGCUAUGCUCAUCCCCACCGAGAAUCAUGAAGAGGUGAUUGUGUGGCACUUGGUGCAUAACAAGAACGGCGAUCGAAUCUCGUUCCUCGAUAGUACAGUGGUUCCUGUUGAGGGAGUGUCAGCUUCGCAGCUAUCACAGGCACGCCACAUUCUGGGAUGGUGUUCAAAUGCAAGACAUCUUGCAGGAACGCGAGAUGCAGCGUAUGCCAUAUCAGGCUCCCAUCUUCCAAGGCUACGAGAGGAUGGGCUUCUCAGCCAGGCAUUCAUCUAUAAUGGGCAGAUGAUCAAAGGCGGCGCGCCAUUCUUGGUGGGGUACAAGGACACCCCUGUUCAUGUUUCUAGAGGUGGCUAUCUCAGGAAACUCAAAUGGAUCAUCCAAAAGUCCGUGGUCCUCUGGGACGAAGAGGCAAAGCGAGGGUGGUUACUAAACGGAGCAAGCGCCCUUUUACAUCUCGUGCGCGCUUCCAUAAUGCAUGACACCACAGGGCCUUUCAGUUCAGAGUGUCUAUUCAAGUGGGAGAGUCUGGAAGAGGCAACGAUUGAUUCAAAAAGCACAUCUGAAUUCUCCAUUGCAGUGCUUUUGAAUCACAAAAAUCGGGCUCUGCCGAUCUACGAAGGCAAAGACGACCAUGUCAAAUUCGAAGAUCGAGUUGAACACUUCUUGAACAUCCUUGAGCAGAUAUUUGAUUAUCAGGUCCAUGCUGCUGGGCCAGAUGGCAGUGGAUACAGUUCCAAGGGCAUUCCCCGGGCACACUUCGAAGGCUGGGACUUCCAUGACCUCGCCACUGAAUUAGACUCACUCCAUCCACGACUCGCGACUUUUGCAGCAAAAGGAAAAGCUUGGGUUGAUUUCACUCGUUCAAUUCACGCAAUCAAUCUUCUGGGUCGCGAUUUUGGCGAGAUUCUGGCGCCAUCAAACAUUUCUUGUCCCCACUGGGCUUCGCUUCCCAAAGAUCAGUACUAUCUGGCAGCAGGGAUCUCUGACCUGAAGAUGGUCCUGGAAUAUACGGGGGACCUGACGACAAAUCCCAUACGUCUGAGCGAGAAUCUUGUGUGGCACAACUCGGAGAUGGUCUUUGAGUCCUGUGGUUGCGCUUACGGCACUGGAGAUCACGCCGAUAUUACACAGGUGAUCUUGCCAGUCUCAUUGUCAGCUGAGUCAGUGGGGUUUAUUGAUGCUGUCAACUUGGCACACGAUGGGGCAGUAGUCUUUGGAUAUAAUCGCAACUUCCAGUGGCGAUGGGGUGAUACUGGAGAUCCUGAAAAGGACGAACUGUCAAGCGACGAACAAGAUCAGCUUACCCCAACAUGUGAAAUCGAAAACACCAACAGCAAUACGAUUUCAGUUGGCUCUGAGAGUGAUGUCCUUGACGUAUCGAGCUCGCAAAUCCGUUCGACGUCAACGGAUAUCACCAUUGACAGUACAGUCGCUGCAACUGAACCUGUUCACCCGAGACCUCUAGUUCGAUCAUACACCAAGUGGCAACUAGAAACACUUAAGCCCGAGGACUACGCUGUUGGAAUUGUGUGCGCGCUCCCGUUGGAACUCUUGGCUGUUCGCGCUUUAUUCGACCAAACCCACCCGGAUCUUCCCCUAUCUCCAGCGGAUUCAAAUCAUUACGCCUUGGGGAGUAUGGGGCGACACAAAAUUGUUGCUGCCUGUCUUCCGGAUGGAGAGUACGGCACAAACUCUGCCGCUGACGUUGCAUCCAAUUUGCGAAGAAGUUUUCCUUACGUUAAGUUUUGCCUAUUGGUAGGCAUCGGAGGUGGUGUUCCAUCGUCUAGGAACGACAUUCGCCUCGGCGACGUCGUGGUGAGCAAGCCGAUCGGUAUGAGUCCCGGUGUGAUUCAGUACGACAUGGGAAAGGCCCUCGAGAAUGGCGAGUUCGAGCAAUCCGGGUUCCUCCAGCCACCUCCUCGACUUGUAAUGACUGCACUCAGCAGUUUGAAAUCAGAUCCCCAUCUUCCGCAAGCCCCUCUUCAAGAAUACAUUCAAGAAAUCGCAGCUUGCAGAAAGGAGUAUCGAUACCCAGGACCAGAAGCCGAUCGUCUAUUUUCAAGCCAUUACGCGCACAAUUCCAAGCACGCCACCUGCGAUCCCUGCAGUGCAACCUAUCUUACGAAACGGCCAAGUCGAGCAGAUCAUCUUCCCCAAAUCCACUAUGGUCUCAUUGCAUCAGGCAAUCGAGUCAUGAAAGACGCAAAACUCCGUGACAGGUGGAGCAUGGAGAGGAACGUGCUUUGCUUCGAGAUGGAGGCAGCGGGUGUCAUGAAUACUGUGCCUUGUCUUGUCAUCAGAGGGAUCUGCGAUUACUCGGAUAGCCAUAAGAACAAACGCUUCCAGGAAUAUGCGGCGGCAACGGCUGCCUCGUAUGCCAAGCUCUUGUUGUCUUACAUGAAGGAUAGCAGUGACUUGGAUGGGACGGCGUUCCGUUCAAUCAAGGAGGACCAAAGCCUGCUGGGUGUGUUCCGGAGGGCUUUUUCAUUUAUGGGAUGA